CAUUACAUUCUCGAUCCCGAUUCAACUAUUGACUCUGUGCCUCCAUAUUCACCGAGGAGGCUUCAUAGUUUUUUUUUUUUUUUUUGAAAGGAAGGAGGCUUCAUCUUGUUGAUACUGAAUUUCGCGCAGAAAUCUCUGUUUGGAUAAUUCGUAGGGUUAGGUUGGGAUCAUCAUCAACCCUAUGAAUUAUCCCAACAUUUGUAUGAUAAUCGGGAUCUUUCAACAUUAAGAUUAUUGCAAAUCAAGAAGUCGUUGGGAGGCACAUAAAUGGCUGAAGCUGACAAGGGAUUACCGUUUCAAGUAUGUGUGCCAUCGGUUGCCAUUUUCUCCAAAGGGGUUUGGUUUAAAGAAAAUCCUUUGGACUAUACAUUUCCUGCAACCCUUGCCCAAAUUAUCCUUGUCGUUGUGACCUCCCGGCUACUUUAUUUUCUUCUCAAACCUCUGGGACAGACCAAAUUCUCUUGCAAUCUCCUGGGUGGCUUUAUCUUGGGGCCUUCUCUGCUAGGGCGCAACCAGUUUAUGAGGGACAAGCUAUUUAAUCCGAAAGAUGCGUCGUUGUGGGCGACAAUGUCUCUUGUGGGCGCUAUAUACUCCAUGUUCAUAAUUGCAGUUAAAUUUGACAUAAGCAUGGUCAAAAGAACAAAGCUUUCUUUGAAGAUUGGUGUUCCAGGGCUCAUUUUCACCGUUGCAAUUUCCUUGGGCCUCGGAAUCCCGUUAGCCAGCUUCAUUCCUGGAAUCAAAGGAGGAUUCUUCCCCAUAUUUUUAUUUUCUAUUAUUUCUUUCACUUUCUUCCCUGAUGUAGCUCAGGCCUUAGACGAACUCAACCUUAUGAAUUCUGAGUUGGGUCAAAUCGCCAUAUCCUCUGCUUUGCUCAUUGAAAUCAUACAAUGGUUGUUCUCAACAGUACAAGACAUAGCUACUAAAGAUAAUGUAAGCCACGGAGCUUUGACUUUCGUUUCCGUAGUGGCAAUGUCUGUUUUCAUUGUUUAUGUCAUACGCCCGCUUAUGAUAUCAAUUGCUAAGAACACACCAGAAGGACAAGAAGUAAAGGAGUUCUAUGUAGUAGCAAUACUAGUUGGGGCUCUAGUUCUGUCGCUUGUAUCCGACGCAAUAGGUACCGCCUUUUUUGUUGGUCCUAUAAUUCUUGGGUUAGUCAUACCAGAUGGACCACCUCUGGGUGCAGCGUUAGUAACCAAGACUGAAUUGUUGGUCUCUGAACUUCUUCUUCCCAUAUUCUAUUUUCGUACUGGCUUCAGGACAAACAUACUUUUGUUUAGCGAUUGGAAGAGUUUUGCCACAUUGCAAGCCAUCAUUGGUGCAUCAUAUGUGGCAAAAACGGUGGCAGUUACCGUGGCUGCAUUGUGCUGCAAAAUUAGGUUAAGAAAUAGUCUCUUGCUCGGCAUGAUGAUUAAUAUCCGGGGUAUUAUACAUAUUACCAUUUUCGCUCGAUGGAGGUACAGUCAGCUCCUAGAUCAACGCGUCUAUACUCAACUAGUGUUAUCUGUGCUGAUUGGGAACAUGAUUGCAACAUCAUUGAUACAUUUCACAUACAGACCUCAUUUAAGACUCGGGCCAUCACCCAAAGGUCCACGCAUUAGAAACAUCCAAUCAGUUCAAAGCAACUCUCCUUUCGACAUUCUUUGUUGUAUCCACAACGAGGAAAGUAUCCGCAACCUCACCUCCCUCCUAGAAGCCUCAAACCCAACAGAAUCAAGCCCCAUUUGCGCUUAUAUUAUCCAUGCAGUCGAGCUUGUGGGGCGGGCUGCACCUGUACUAGUCCCUUACAAGAAGAAGAAGGAGGGGAACAAACUUAGCCGAAUAAGUUCACUCACACAUCAUAUGAUGCAAGCAUUUUUGAACUACUCGGAAAACUCAAGUGGUCCUGUCUUGAUCCAAUCAUUCACUAUGAUCGCGCCCUAUAAAUCAAUGCAUGAGACCAUUUGCCGUGUAGUGCAUGACAAUCUCGUACCUUUGGUUAUCCUCCCAUUUCAUGAAAACCACCAGGUUAUGGUUGGCACCAACGUGACUGCCGCAAUACGCCAAUUCAACAACAAUGUGCAGGAAUAUUCAUCUUGUACAGUUGGAAUACUAGUUGAAAAAGGAUUUCCUGGUCGGCUGACCCUGUCUCAUUUCUCAUACAAUGUGGCUACAUUUUUCAUUGGCGGACCAGAUGACCGCGAGGCUUUGGCCUUAGCAGCACGUAUGUUAGGCAACCAUAAUGUGGUCCUCACAGUAUACAGGAUUAUUACUGUGCCACAAAAAUUAAGCGAGGGUAACUAUAAUGAAGACGAGGAGAUGGAGGCAAGGCUGGAUGAGUCGAUGGUGGAUGAGUUUAAGCUGAGAAAUAAUGGGAAUAAAUGCUUGAAUUGGCGAGAUAUCGAGGUUGAGGACUCUGUACAGCUUAUGGAUGCAAUUAUGAACUCGCAGGGGGAUUAUGAUCUUGUAAUGGUUGGAAGGCGGCAUGCGGACAGUUCAUUAAGGGACGAGGAAAUGUCAGAAUUCGUGCAUUAUGCGGAGCUGGGAAUGAUAGGCGACAUGCUUGCUUCUUCAGAUUUCUGCGGUGGAAUGGUGAAUGUUUUGGUGUUGCAAGAAAGCAGAGAACUGAGUAGAAAUUAUGGAUCAGCUUUUGGAAGUGGCUUCUCGAAAAAUUUGGGAAUGAAGUAGAUUUUAGCCUAGUGGCUAAACAUCUAGAGCUUCAUGUCUUUCUGGCACUCUGUUUUGCAAAAUGUAGUAAGAUAGAAGUAGCAAAAGCGAGUUACAAGGAGUCAGUUUUGAUUAUUAUGAUGUGAAAAGCUAGCUGAUCAGAUGCUUGUUAGGAUAUAGAGAAUAUGUAGCUGCCCAGUACCAUUUGUUCUAUUGGCAGAAGUCUCUUCUUUAUAAGUGGGAGGUUGUGGGUUUAACUCACAAUAGACUAGUUGUUGAA